AUGUGGAUGCUGGAUGAAAAUAAACGCUUGCUUCUUUGGAAUGAAAUGGAAAAUGGUAUGAUGUACUUGAGAUCCAAUUUAACAGAAGGUUUUACAAAUUACUUUAUUCAUCCAGAUAGGCUAUGUUAUAUCAUGGAGGAUAAUUUUAAGAUGGUGCCUGUUGAUGAAUUUAAACGUCAAGCUGAGGAAAUGGGCGAUAUGAUUUGGGAAAAUCUGCUCGCAAGAAAGUAUUUUAUGACCAAAAAAUUUGGGGAAGAAGACCACGCC